CCCGGUGGAGACGCUCUUUUUUUUUCCUCUGGACGACGGAGCCUCUGGACGUGGCCGCCGCGUCCGGCUGCGUCGACAUCACGAAGUGGCAGACGUUCCAAACGGUGCUUUUCCUGGACAGGCUGUUGGACGGCUCGCCGCUGCCUCACGAGGUGAUAUCGAAGCUCUCCGAAUGCUACUCGGCCCAGCUGGACGGCAUGAACGCUGAGAUCCGUAUCCGCUGGCUCCAAAUCAUCGUCCGCAACGACUACUACCCCGACCUUCACAAAGUGCGGCUCUUCUUGGAGAACCAG